AUGGGGCAUCGCCGGUUUCUACCUCCAGAUCACGAGUUUGUUUUUGAUGCCGAGUCAUUUGAUGGGUCUGAAGAACACAGAGCAGCACCUAUUGCUUAUGCACAAUCUGCAGUUCUUGACAAUAUAAAAUCAAUUAAGGACUUUGAGAAAUCCAAAACCUGGAAGUGUGUCAGCGGCCUAUUCUCUUUGCCUUAUUGGGACUCCAAUUUACUCCGCCACAAUCUUGAUAUCAUGCAUAUUGAGAAGAAUGUAUGUGAGAAUAUAUAUAGGACACUUCUGGGCAUAGAUGGCAAGUCUAAGGAUAAUUUCAAAGCACGCCUGGACCUACAAGAAAUGAACAUUAGGAAAGAGCUGCAUCCACAAAAAAAGCCUAAUGAUAAGUAUUAUUUGCCUGCUGCUUCUUAUACCAUGUCUAAAAAGGAGAAGCAACAAUUUUGCAAAGUUCUUCAUGAUUUAAAGGUUCCAGAUGGAGAAGUAAGUGCAAAAGUUCUUUACAUUGAAGAUCUUGAGAAGUUGGAGGAGAGAAUCAUAAUGACGUUAUGUCGUAUGGAGAUGAUAUUCCCGCCAGGAUUUUUUACUGUUAUGAUGCAUUUGGUUACUCAUCUAGCCACAGAGGCAAAAAUAGGUGGUCCAGUGUGCUACCGUUCAAUGUGGUUUGUUGAAAGGUAUCUAGGUAAACUCAAGUCAAAUGUCCGUAACAGAGCUCAUCCAGCAGGAUCUAUAUGCGAAGCACAUUUGGCAGAUGAGGCCAUGGUGUUCUGUUCAAAAGCCCAUGCUGAUGAGGUCACCAGUAAGCGCAGAGUAAACCCAAAUACUCUCGAGAAGAUCCAAAAUGAGACAUUCCACGAGUGGUUCAAAGCUCAUAUAAAGAGUUUGGAGGAGAAAAAUGGCAUCGAUAGUGUUGAAAAUGAUAUUAGAUGGCUAGCUCGGGGUCCAGUUUCUGCAGCAAAAAGAUAUCGUGGUUUCAUCUCUCGAGGCUUCCGUUUUAGGCCCAAGCGCUUGGAUAAAGUGACACAGGACAGUGGAGUUAUGCUAACUGCAAAAACAUCUAGUUAUGCUGCAGCAGGAGAUGCAACUCCAGUUCUAGAUGAUGUGACGUACUAUGGGAGGGUAAUUGACAUCAUCGAGCUGAACUACUCCGGACAAUUUUCAAUGGUGCUGUUUGAAUGUGAAUGGGUUGAUGUAUUUUCUGAAGAAGGAAUGAAAAAAGACAAGUACGGCUACACACUUGUGAACUUCUCACAUCUGAUACACAAAGGACAAAAGAUUGAGCAUGAGCCUUUUAUUUUCCCUAACCAGGUAGAUCAAGUGUUCUAUGUGGAAGAUGAAAUGAACCCAGGUUGGUCUAUGGUAGUGAAGCAACCCAAACCUAGAGAUUCAUAUGACACUGGUGACCUUGAAUCGGCAGCGGACAUAGAAUCCGAGUCAUUCCAUGUUUCCCACCUUGGGGGGAUGUUAAAAAAGAAAACAAAUGACCAACAUUGGGUUAGAACAAACAUCGAGGGAACAUUAGUGGAUUCUAAUAACAAUGCUCCAACCAACGAAGAAUAG